AUGUCCACCGCCCCCACCACCACCCCCGGCGCGCACGCCAUCGUCAUCGGCUCCGGCCUCGCCGGCCUCUCCGCCGCCUCCACCCUGCUGUCUUCCCACCACCCCGUCACGCUCCUCGAGCGCCUCCCCAAGCCGGGCGGCAACAGCAUCAAAGCGUCGUCCGGCAUCAACGGCGCUCCCACAAAAUACCAAUCCGGCCCGCCCGAUGACCUGUUCUACCCGGACACGGUGCGCUCCGCCGGCGCGCCGCUGACGCAGUCGGGGGAAACGAUGCGCGCCCGCCGCGAGGAGCUCAUCCGCACGCUGACGCAGCGCAGCGCCGCGGCGAUCGACUGGCUGGCCGACGAGAAGGGCGUUGAUUUGAGCGUCGUCGCGAUGCUGGGCGGACACAGCCGCUCGCGGACGCAUCGCGGCGCGGGGCCGACGCCGCCUGGCGCGGCGAUCGUGACGACGCUGCUGAAGGACGUGCAGGCGGCGCCGGGGUUUACGUUGUUGACUAACGCGACGGUGACGAGCGUGCUGCAGGGGUCCGACGGGGGCGUCGACGGCGUCGCGUUUAAGGAUGCGGAGGGUGUGACCAAGGAGCUGCGUGGCCCCGUCGUGUUCGCGACGGGUGGGUUUGCCGGGGACGCGAAUGGCAUGCUCAAGAAGUACAGGCCGGACCUGGCUGGGUUUCCGUCGACGAAUGAGGCGUGGCCGGGGAGCGCGCCGUUGUUGACGGAGGGGGUCGGCGCGCAGGAGGUGGAUAUGGAGAUGGUGCAGGUGCAUCCGACGGGGUUUGUCGAUCCGAAGGAGCCCGGGAAGCCGGUGAAGUUCCUGGCGGCGGAGGUGCUGCGCGGGGAGGGCGGGUUGAUGCUCAGGGGUGGGAAGAGGUUUGUGAAUGAGCUCGAGACGCGGCAGCAUGUUACGGAUCGGAUUAUGGAGACGCAGCCGGAGGUCGUGGACGGCGUGAAGCUGUGGGACGUCAAGAUCGUGAUGGAUGAGGGGGCGUACGAGGCGGCGAAGAGCCAUGUCGGCUUUUACCUGUUCAAGGGCUUGAUGCAGAAGACGACGGUUGCGGAGCUCGGGGGCGAGGACGCUGUCAAGGAGGUUCAGGCAUUUGCGGACUAUGCGGCUGGGAAGGCGCAGGAUCCGCAGGGGAGAAAGGACUUUGGACACUGGAAGCUGAAGGAUGUGGCGCCGGACUCGGUCGUGUACGUCGGCAGGGUCACGCCUGUUGUUCACUUCACCAUGGGCGGUGUUGUGAUUAAUGAGAAGGCAGAGGUGCUCGACAAGGAAGGAAAGCCGAUCCGGGGCGUCUGGGCUGCCGGCGAGGUGAGCGGAGGCAUUCACGGAGCCAAUAGGUUGGGUGGAAGCUCUUUGCUGGAGUGUGUUGUUUUUGGGCGCAUCGCCGGCCAGCAGGCUGCAGAGAGUCUGAGGACAUAA